AUGGUAUUAAAUAUAAGAAGAAUAUUAUACAAGUACGCUAAGUGCCUGAUUAUUACUGUUCUAACUAUAUUCUUUGCUCAGAUAUUAAUAUCGAUAAAUUAUUUUCCUUCUAUUCAUGAAAAUAAAUUUUUACGAAGAAGUAGCCACAAUUCCCUUCAUUUAAACAACUUAGCUGAAGUUUCUGCAAGAAGAAUCAACCCAGGUAUUAGUGACGAUGAAGAUUUAUCUCCGAGAAACCAACAAAAUAAAGCUGUACUAAGGAAGGAAGAAUUAGACUUUAUUCCUAUAUGUGAGGUGAAAAGCCGGGAAGCUAUUUCAGCUAUUCACCGAGCUAAAUCUCAGUUUUGUAAGCAACUUAUUGUAAAUAAAACAUGUCUUAUUCAAGAUGGUAAUUUUUAUCCACAAGAAUUGAAUAAUUAUUGCAAAUUGAAUGCCAAGAUAUUUGGGCGACAUAUAGGUUGCUAUUCGGAUGAAAAAAAACUGAGAUUGUUAUCAAGCUUUUAUGGUAAUUAUGCAAAUCUGAACUCUCCACUAUACUGCUUAGAUAUAUGUGUUCAAGCUGGAUUUCCCUAUGCCGGUGUCCAAUAUGGAACGGAGUGUUUUUGUGGGGAGGAAUCUCCUCCUGAAACUUCUAAAAUACCUGAUAAAUCAUGUGACAUGAAAUGUCCUGGGGAUAUUAGCCAAGUCUGUGGUGGUUACUUUACUAUGAAUGUUUAUGAAACUGGCCUGCAUAAAUUUAUUCCACAGACUCCGGAAAUAAAAACUCAAGAUGGAAAAUCAAUAAGAAUAGUAUUUCUAUUAACUUUAAAUGGAAGAGCUCUGAGACAAGUAUAUCGAUUAAUAAAUACCUUGUACAGAAAAAAUCACUAUUUUUAUAUUCAUAUUGACAAAAGGCAGGACUACCUGCAUCGCAAGCUAUCAUCGCUUGAAAAGCAGUUUCCAAAUAUAAGAUUGGCUCCAGUUAGAUUCUCAACAAUUUGGGGUGGUGCUUCAUUACUUAAGAUGCUGCUUAAUUGUAUGAAGGAUUUUAUUGAUUUGGGUUGGGAGUGGGAUUACGUUAUUAAUUUAAGUGAAAGUGACUUUCCUAUAAAAUCUUUGGAAGAACUUGAAAACUUUUUGUCAGCCAAUAAGGGUCUGAACUUUGUAAAGUCCCAUGGACGUGAAGUUCAAAGGUUUAUUAAAAAACAAGGUCUAGAUAAAACGUUCCUUGAGUGCGAAACACAUAUGUGGAGAAUAGGUGAACGAAAACUACCGCGCGGUAUUACAAUUGAUGGUGGUAGUGACUGGGUGGCAUUAUCCCCUGACUUUGUUUCAUACAUUAUUGAAGGUAAACAAGAUCUACUUAAAGGUUUGGAAAUAAUAUUUGAACAUACGCUUUUACCAGCAGAAUCAUUUUUUCACACUGUUUUGAGAAAUUCAAAGUUUUGUAAUACAUAUGUGGAUAAUAAUUUACACGUAACCAAUUGGAAGCGAAAAUUGGGAUGUAAAUGUCAAUAUAAACACGUGGUUGACUGGUGUGGAUGUUCACCAAAUGAUUUUAGAACGGAGGAUUGGGCAAAAAUUCAAAAUACUUUAAAUAGGCAGUUAUUUUUCGCCCGUAAAUUUGAGCCCAUCAUAAAUCAAGAAAUAAUAACAAGAGUUGAACAAUUUAUAGGAGUUAAUGAUCAUUAUUUGAUUAACAAUUUGGAAGCCUAUUGGCAAAGCAUUUAUGAUACAAAUGAUUUAACUGCAAGUACUGACGAUACAGUUUUGUCACACGCGGGGAGUAUUAUUCGUCAGAAUUCAAAAAUCUUAGCUACAGAAGGUUGUGAUAUCAAAUCGGGAGAAAUAUUAGAAAUACAUCUUUAUAAGUAUGCAGAUGUUUACAAAGGAAAUUUAAUUUUACACAAAGCAGUGUUAAAUAAUGGUUUAAAUGUUGUUAUUGAAACAUGGUACAAGCCUAAACAUCACUUAGAGUUGAACUUUAAUAGUCCAAUCGUAGAUUACAUAAAAACGUUUAGAGUAGGCUCCGACUAUGACCAAAAAGAAAUGAUUUUUAGAAAUUUUGGUGGUAUCUUAGGUCCUUUCUCUGAUCCAGUUUUAUUAUAUCAAUUCUCUUCACAUAAGCAAAGUGGAAAUUUAACAGUUUUAUGGCUGGAUCCUGCAGGCAUGUUAGCUGAUGUUAAUAUUAUCAGCAGGGAUGAAAAUAACCUUACGAAUUUUAUUAAACCUAAUAUUAGACACCCUCUUCUACCAGGAGUUUGGAAAGUAGGGCUAUUUGAGCAAACAACUUUGGUAGCUGUAACAAAGUUUCUUAUAACACCAUUAGAAUAUUUUUCCGGAAAAGAAGUAUCACAUCAAGAAGUUGGCUUGAUUCAUAGUGGUUCACAUAAUUCGUAUAGAAAUUUAACAAAUAUCAAACCACUGAAAUUCGUACCUGCUAAAGAAGAGUCACUUCUGUUGGAGGAAGUUUCAAACUCCAACAUUAAACGAAUUGGUAAUGAUUUGCGCGAAUGGAUUGAUAUAUUAAAUAUCGAAUUUUAUAGCAUUUUGGGUUCUUGUAUAAAUGACUCUAAAAAUACGCAUGAGUCGGAAAAAGUCCUUUGUGGAAAUUAUCAUUUUAAUCCAUGCGCAGUGACAGAGUGGAGUUCUCUCUCUCCUGACCCUAAGGGCACAAUCGGCAAAUUAGAUAUACACACGGGCCGGUUAAAAAGAGUAUGA